AUGCUGUUUUCGAGAAACCAGGUCAUUCGUAACAUACGAAGGAAACCCUUGGCGUUGGUCGGGGUCCUUCUGCUUGUCGCUGUGGUGUAUUUUGUGCUCUUUAACACCUUGGGUUCGUCAGGUCUGAGAUCAACGAAAAAGUACUCCUAUAGCAAAAAGGGCAACACAUGGCUUGGUCUGAAGAACAAGGAUCUGACCAUUUUGCAUAAUCUCCCAGACAAUCACAUUGCACAUUACGACUUGAACAAGUUGGCAGCCACAGCUGAUGUAUUGGGCAACGAAGGAGAGGUGCUUGUCUUGACACCUAUGGCAAGGUUUUUGCCUGAGUACUGGGCCAACUUGAAUAAGCUCAGCUACGACCAUAGCAUGAUUUCGCUUGGUUUCAUUGUUCCUAGGAACUCUGACGGUGACGAAACGCUUAAGAAGUUGGAACAGGCUGUCAAGCAGGUUCAGGCCACCAAGAGCAGAUUCAAGAAGAUCACGAUAUUGAGACAAGACACUGAUGCCUUGGACUCGCAGCUUGAAAAGGAGCGUCACGCUUUGAAGGUGCAGAAGGAACGUCGUUCCAUGAUGGCAUUGGCCAGAAACUCAUUGCUUUUCACUACCAUUUCUCCCAAGACAUCCUGGGUGCUUUGGUUGGACUCGGACAUUGUGGAAACCCCAUCUACGCUUCUUCACGACUUAAUUGCUCACAAGAAGCCUGUUCUUUCUGCGAAUGUGUACCAAAGAUUCCUUGAUGAGAAUGGACAAGCUGCUAUCAGACCCUACGAUUUCAACAAUUGGAUUGAGUCUGAAGAUGGAUUGAAAAUUGCCGAGGGCAUGAACGACGAUGAGAUCAUUGUGGAGGGCUACAGCGAACUAGCUACCUACAGACCAUUGAUGGCUCAUCACUACGAUGAAAAGGGCGCCCAGAACGCUGAAAUGCCCUUGGACGGUGUUGGAGGAGGUGCCGUUUUGGUGAACGCAGAUGUGCAUAGGGACGGUGCCAUGUUCCCUCCUUUCCCAUUUUACCACUUGAUCGAGACUGAAGGUUUUGCCAAGAUGGCCAAGAGGUUGGGCUACGAAGUGUUCGGAUUGCCUAACUAUUUGGUGUACCACUACAACGAAUAG